AUGUGUAUACUGUUCAUAUAUAUCGGUUCGAAUGAUGAAGGAGGAGAUUACAGCUUAAUAAUGGCUUCAAAUCGUGAUGAAUAUUAUGACAGACCAACCCAAAACAUGGUACAAUGGGCGGAAGAUCCACAUGUAAUCGGAGGUCGAGACCUGAAACCUGGGUCAGGUGGUGGCACAUGGUUAGCUAUAUCACCAACACAAAGAAAAAUUGGUGUAUUACUGAACUUGCCUGGAAACGAGAUAAAUAAUGCCCAAAGUAGGGGUAAAAUUGUAGCAGACUAUGUUAAAUGCGAAACACCAACACAAGAGUAUAUUCAGUCAAUGAAAAACUACAUUAAAGAAUGUAAUGGGUUUGUCUUGGUUACUGCAGAACUUUGCAAUUCAAAUUCAGACAAGCUAAAUCCUAAAGUUAGUACUUACAGUAACAUUACAGAUAAAUUAAUAGUUCAUAAAGAGAGUUAUUUAGGUUUUGGCAACUGUUUACCUGAAAAUCCUUUGAAAAAAGUUUCAUAUGGAAAAAACCAACUGGAAGAUAUAUGCAGCAGAUUGAAUAAAAUAGAUCAAAAGAAAGAACUUAUUGAUGAACUCUUGAUGCUUUUAAAAACAGGAGAUAGACAUCUACCAGAUUCUCAGUUGGAGGACAGAAGUCCCACGGGAUAUAAACAUUUAAGUUCUGUCUUUGUUUCUAUUGCAGAAAUUCGAUAUGGCACAAGGACACAUACAUUAGUACUUGUAACUAAAACUGGACAUGUGGAUAUCAUUGAAGUUACUUUAGAGAGUCCAGUAGAUACUGCCAAUCCUCAAUGGUUAACUACGGAACAUCAGUUUGAUUUGUUUUAA